GUCUGUUUUUGACGUCACAUCCAGGCGUGGUGAUGAGUUUAGUGAAUUUGUAUAAUUUUUCUAUUUUUUAUUGAAUUUUCAUUGAAAUAACCAUUUGUUUGUGUAGUUAAUUUGUUAACCAAUUGUUUACUGUGCACUAAUGAAACAUAAAAUCGAACAUUUUCCAUUCCUGUGCCGAUUAAAAAUGAAAGAAAGCGGUCAGUAAUUGGGUGACACUAAUCGUUAAUGAUGAAUGAAUAGAAGAGUCGCGCAUUUUGUACACACUCUCUUGUUAUAUUGGCUGGUGAAUAUUAAAAAAAUUUCUUUAAGUUUUUAAAAUGGCUAUUUCCACUGCGACCGAAGAAUUGUGUUAUAAUUUUUCGAUGAAAUUGUUUUCGAAUUGAUUUGUGGAUCAAUUUUAUCGAUUGUGCAAAAGUGGUUUUUUGGUUAAUCGGACAAAAUUAACAUUUCUGAGCGAAAUUAUUAGUGGACUUUCGAAUUAUAAACACAAAUAAAUAAAUUAAGGUGUGUGUUGAAGUGUGUGGAAGAAGACGGAGAAAAGAUUUGCUCAUUCAUUGCUUACACAUUUAUUUUUCUGUUUCUAUUGGAUUAUUACGUGGUAGCUGAUAAUGCUAGAACCAAUAAAGACUGAUAGAACAUCAUGCAGAACCGACUAUUACAAUUUGAUUGAAUAAACGGAUCGUUAUACACCAGGCGGAGUGAACUGAACAAUAAAUUAAUGAGAAAGCGAAGGAAAAUUCUAUAAAUAAACAAAACAAAAAAAUAAUUUCCACAAAAUAUUACAUGCAACAAGCACACACACACACAUACAGUUUGUGCGAAUAGCAACAAGAGGGAUAAAUAAAUAAACAUUCAAGUUCCAUCAAUUGAUGAUAAACGAACGAGAACAUAUCACACAUAAAUUUAAAUUCAAACGCUUAAAAAUUGUAGAUACUUAUUAUGUAGCAACGUAAAUUGAAGAAUGAAGAACAAACAACGAAAUUAAAUAUGAAACAAAGAAAUUGAGAAAUUGAUUAACUGUAGAAACUGUUUCGGAACGAAAUUCAAGGCUAAAGAAUAAUCGUCUUUGCAAACGAUUUCCAGAAGACACAGACAACCAACAACAGCUAAAACACAAAACCAGAACCGAAAAUGUCGUUUUUAAACAAUUUGAAAAAAGUGUUCCACCUCGGUGGUGGCGAAGCCAAAAAGAAACGGCUGUACAACAACAUUCGCAUGGACUGCGAUCCGGCCGAAUUUUGGGACAUGGUCGGUGAGUUGGGCGACGGUGCGUUCGGCAAAGUUUACAAGGCACAUCAUCGGGAGACACGUCGGUAUGCUGCGGCAAAGAUGUGCACGCUGGAAGAUGAGGAAAAUCUAAGCGAUCAUAUGGUCGAAAUUGAUAUUUUAUCGGAGAUUCGACAUCCCAACAUUGUUGAACUGUAUGAAGCAUUUUCGUUAGACGACAAAUUGUGGAUGUUAAUUGAAUACUGUGACGGUGGUGCCUUAGAUAGUAUUAUGGUGGAACUGGAAAAACCUCUUACAGAACCACAAAUUGCAUAUGUAUGCAAACAUAUGACUGAAGGUUUAAGUUUUCUGCAUAAAAAUAAGAUAAUUCAUAGAGAUUUAAAGGCUGGCAAUGUUCUGUUAACAAUGGAGGGUGGCGUUAAAUUGGCCGACUUUGGAGUGUCGGCCAAAAAUAAGCAUACAUUACAGAAGCAUGACACAUUCAUUGGUACUCCAUAUUGGAUGGCACCGGAACUGGUGCUGUGCGAAACAUUUCGUGAUAAUCCAUACGAUUAUAAAGUGGAUAUCUGGUCGUUAGGUAUAUCGUUGAUUGAAUUUGCUCAAAUGGAACCGCCAAAUAGUGAAAUGUCACCGAUGAGGGUUUUGCUGAAAAUCCAAAAGAGUGAACCACCCAAAUUGGAUCAACCGUCGAAAUGGUCAAAGGAUUUUAACGAUUUUCUGGCAAAAUCGUUGAUUAAGGAUCCUCAACACCGGCCGACGACUGACGAUUUGCUGAUAAUGCCAUUCAUUCGUGGUGAUUUAGAUUCAAAGCCAAUAAAAGACUUGCUGUUAGAGUACAAGGCUGAGGUCGUCGAAGAAGAAGUGGUCGAUGAGGAAGCUGAGAAAGCGAAAAGACAAGCGAAGCGUAAAUCACUUUAUCAGAGGGAAACUCGCAACUCUGCCCUUCCACUCGACUUGGAUGAUGAUACAUCGUCACUUCGAAGCCAAGAUAUUGAUAAACAUACACCCACAUCCUUGUCGAAAUUAUCCAGAGACUCGAAAGAGUCCACUCCUAUUGCUGAUGAUGUCAAACGAACAGCCGAUGCCCCAGCUGCCGAACGCAAAACAUUGGUUAAAGAGAAUUCACAAGAAUCGGACAACAGUUUGGAAAUUGAGAAACGGCCAACAUCUGUCAUUGUAAAGAAAGAAAAGGGUCCAGCUCCGCCUCCUCCAAUGAACGUUGUAACUCUAACACCACCAACAACUCCGAAGGAUAAUGAUGCGGUCGAAACAGUGAACGAUCUGUCACCGAUUCGUGAAACGUCUGCGCCUAGCUCACUAGAAGAAAUUGAACCAAUGAAAUUACCCGCCAAAAAGGAUACUGCUCCCAGUCCACCAGUCGCCAAACCGGAUAAGCGAAAAUCGGUUUCCGAUGAGACCAAAAUCUUGCAGAAAGUUAAAUCCAUCGAUGAAACAAUCGACGAACGUGUGUCCAAAGAAACAACUCAGAUCAUCGAAGAAUUGGAAACCAAGUCAACAGACAGCGGUGAAAUUACCGUCGAAUUCAAGAAUCAAGAGGUUUCGAAUGUCAUAUCCGUUGUCAGCCCGUCGACGCCACAAAGUUCAUCAUUGGACGAUAUGUCUCGUAUGUCACCGGUUGGCAUUUCAGUCACUUCGACACCAAGUAAACAAAACACAUCGACCAUAACCAUCAAUUCCGAUCCACCAGAUCCGUCCAACAGUCUUGCUAGCAAUAUAAGUCAAGUGACUGUAGUCACCAGCCAUCCACCAGUUCUUGUCGACAAUUCAUUGAAAAUCGUUGAAAAGUCUAAUGACGUUGUCAUAGUCGCCAACGAAACCAAUAAGACCCACAUUAACGAAUCAUCAACCGACGAGGAAUUCCCGUCACUGGACAGCUUGGAAAGUACACCCAAGCACGGACAGAAUAUGCACGGCAAAAUACGACUACCCGAUGGACCACAAUCCAGUCACAAAGCCCAUCCACGAGCUAGAAAAUUGGACGAAAGUGAGGUGUUUAUUGUGAACGUCGAAGACGAUUCAAUAACGUUUGAUGGAUCAAGCGUUGACGGAAAUAAGACUUUGGAUAUGGAUACUAGUCAUGUAUCGGUAGUGACGGUUGGUGAAGAAAUUCUCGUUAAAGACUCAUCGAAUGCAAAGGAAAAAUUGUCACAAAAUAGCGUUAUGUCGGAGGGUAGCGAUGAGACAUCCACGGAUGAUGUUAAGAAAUUAGUCCUAGCUAAGAAUAAAAUGAACGGCCAAAUAAAGAAAUCAAAGAACGAUGACGACGAUGUCAGUAUAAUUGUGAAUAAGAAGAAAACGAAACCGGAAAAGCGAAUAUCUCCAGAUAGUUCCGUUGGCUCAAUGGAUUCACGCACGCAUAGUGAAUGUGGUUCAACGCGAUCUAGCGGUGGUGUAUCAUCAGCAAUAACAAAUAAAAUUGACCGCAGUGAUGCGGAAAGUAUUGCCACAACAGCUAGUCAUGAUAGUCGCGAGCCCGAAGAAGAAGUGACUAUUCGACGAACCAAACCGGCCAUGUCACCCAGAACGAAGGAAGAAAUCGAGCUGCGAAAUUUGAAAAAGAAAACGCGCAAGCGGACAAGAAAGUUCGAAAUUGAUGGCGUGCAAGUGACAACAACGACUAGCAAAGUCAUUUAUGGUGACGAUGAGAACGGUCGGAUGUACGACGAUCACAUAUUCCGUAAGCAGGAAUUACGCGAGCUGAAAAUGUUGCAAAAGCAGGAGAAGAAACAGUUUAGAGAAAUGGAAAUCAAAGAGAAUGCUGCAAGGGAACAACAGGAAAGGAGAUUCGAGCAGGAACGCAUUGCCUUGGAGCGUACUUAUGAUGCGGACAUGGAAACAUUAGCUAGACAACACAGACAAUUGGUCGAAAAAACGGAACAACAACAGGAAUCCGAUCUACGGGCAACAUCAAAGAAAAUACGAGCUGAGCAAGAGCGAGAACUGAAAUUGUUCCGCGAUAGUUUGAAACAAGAAAUCCGAUUACUGAAACAGGAAAUCGAUUUGCAGCCCAAGGAGAAGCGUAAAGAGGAAUUCCGACAACGACGAGCAGCUAUGGAAGUGCAGCACGAAGACAAGGAACGAUCGUUUUUGUCAUCGCUAUCAGAAAAUCAUGAUAUCGCACUGCGACGACUCAGUGAGAAACAUCGCGACCGAUUAGCAACAAUCGACAAAAAUUAUCUCCAACAAAAACAAACUGCCAUGAGAACCCGUGAAGCAAUGCUCUGGGAACUGGAAGAGAAACAAAUCCAUGAAAAGCAUCAACUGUCCAAGCGUCACGUGAAGGACAUUUGCUUUAUGCAACGACAUCAGAUGAUCGUUCGACACGAAAAGGAACUGGAACAGGUCAAACGAAUGUUACAACGAAAGGAAGAGGAGCUCAUCAAGCGACAAGCCGUUGAACGGCGAGCAUUGCCCAAACGCAUUCGAAAUGAGCGAAAGGCACGCGAUUUAAUGUUCCGCGAGUCUCUGAGAAUAUCGACCAAUAUUGAACCGGAUGCUGAACGCGAAAAGUUGAAGAAGUUCCAAGAGCAGGAGAAGAAGAGAUAUACACAGGAGCAGCAACGAUUCGAAACGAAGCAUGUGAAGCAAUUGGAGGAAUUGCGAGCGACAGCCGAAGGAACUGUGCGUGAAUUGGAACAAAUUCAAAACGAGAAACGUAAAUCGCUGCUGGAACACGAAACGGUCAAAUUACGGGAAUGUGACGAUGCAUUGCAGAGGGAUUUGCGCGAAUGGAAAAGUAAACUAAUGCCACGCAAACAGAAAUUGAAUAGCAUUUUAAGUGAAAUGGUUGAUGAUUACGGACGCAAGCAUGGCGAAGUCGAAGAUCGGUCGAUAUUCGACGGGGAAAUUGUCGUGCCACCGCAUCUACGAAAUAUGACCCAUACGCUUGGAUCCCGUCCACGUUUGCAUGGUGGUCUACUCGGUAACCUAUCCCGAUCCCGUACCUUCCUCACCCUAUCAUCCAAUUCGCGUGAGAAUCUGCACAGUUCUGUACCGGAUUUAAGUCGCAGCGUUCCGAGUACGCCCAGUCAAAAGUCCCGUUUGACGCUGGCUAAUUCGGUGGAAUCGGUGCUGGAAGAGAGCGAAAAUCCGAAGAAAGUCCAAACCAAGACCGGUGUCAAGUACAUCUUUUCCAAUAACGGCGUUGAAUUACGCCGCAAAAGCGAACAGGACAAUCUGCAAAUAUUGCGCAAUCGGAACAAUGUGAAUUCGACUCAUGUCGCUAGCAGCAAGAAAUCGUCUGUCGUUUAUACGACAACACCUAGUCACCAUAGACACACAUUGGAGCCCAUGGCACGCUUGUUCCCAAUGCGGGCUCAAUUGAAAAAACCGAACACAAUAAUCGAAGGCAUUACGAACCGCAGUUCGCUUUUUUCGAACAAUCUUCCAAAUAAAAACGAAUCACAGUUGUCUUCCGCAUCGAUGCAUAACAUUAGCACGCUGGACAAUCCGCCAAGCAAAUGGGGAAACGUUCGAAACUCGAGCAGCUUUUCAUCCGAUCUAAGCGUCGGUUCAUUGGCCAAAUAUUCGAUUCCUAGAGUGUCGUUGACUAACAACAGUACGCAAGGUGUGGUGCUGAAGAACAAUAACGAGUCGAACAACGAUUCUGCGGCUUAAAUCUACUACAGUUCACGCAUUUUUCUCACGUCGUCAUCGAGUUUAUCAUUUUGAUUUGCAAUGAAAGAAAUUCUAUUUUUAUUUCGUCAUUUUCUCCUUCCGACGAAACGUUAAAUUGUUGUUGGUAAUUUCGGCAUAUAAAAAGGUGAUUUGGAGCUUCCCUUACUUUGAUUUUCGACUGAGCGUCUCGAAGAAACAUUCAGUCAUCAGUUGGACGAAAUGGAAGCGCUAUACGGUGGCACAUUGAUUGUAUCGAUGCCAUUAGGUUCAUCACCGCGUGAAUUUGCUGGUUCAACACGUAGCAGCUUAUCGUCGUAUUCGGAGGGAUGAUUUUAUGCAUAAUUCAUUUGAGGAAAAUAAAUUUAAUUCUUAAGAUAAAUAAAUUAAUUAAAAUUUAAAAUCAAAUACGAAGAGGAAAAAAAGUGUUAAUACAAAUACGGCUAACAUAUGUACGAUACAAAAUGAGAUGAAAUAUAUUUGAACGGAAAAUUGUUUGCAUCU